AUGACUAUCUGCUCCGGGUGCGGAGCCUCUACCGAUGCCACCAUAUGCUGCCCCAUAUGCCUGAAAAACAACAAGAAGAUAUUUUACUGUUCGCAAGAAUGCUUCGAGAAGAACUACACUGAACACAAGAAAAUCCACUAUUUCAUAAAAAUGAUAAGCAGCGAAGAAAUGCACAGCAAAAUGUUGGAGCGGGACGGCGGUAGUGAGAGGCACAACUUGCCCGUGAUAAUACUGGGGGAUGAGAGGGUCGACGAGAACGGGGGGGAGGCGGUGGACAGGUCAUCCUUCCAGGCACACCUGGCAUCGGAGCACGGUAACUACGACGUUAGUGGCAACUACGACGUUAGCGGAAACUAUGACGUUAGUGACCAUCGCGAAGGGGGUGAUGCCUACCCAUCCAGCGUGGAAACAAAGAAAGGCUCCAAAAAUAGCAAAUUUGAAAAUAUGUACCGGAAAAAGAAUAACAAAAAAUAUAAAACGAUAAACAACAAUGGCUACCUGUUUGAUGACUCUAGUGAACAGAACGAAACAAGUGACAACAACUCCUACAAGGGAAAUCACAAAAGAAGCAAAUUGUCCACCUACAUGCACAAUCUGUCAGGCUACCUCUUCUGCAAUAAGUACAACAUGAUACUGCCAUACUAUAACGAUAUGUCGGUCAAUCCAGACAAAAUUAACUUAAAAAAUAUAAAGGGGAAAAAUAAACUGAGCGAUAAAAAGAUACAGGAAAUAAAAAAACAGAUAAAGAAGAAGAGAAUUUUCCAACUCACCAUUCUCCUGGUAGUCAUAUCGAUUGUUGUCAUUUUGGCUACCUGUAUAUUCUCGUACAUCCUUGAAACGUCACAGAAGAAUCUCCAAAUAAACUCAGAAAUUUUAUUAAACAAAAAUAAUGCUGCGAAGAAUGCCGAGAUUGUCGAACUGAAAUCGUACAUCAACGUCAUAGAAGAUUUGCGAAAAGAAAUUUAUGAAAUGAAGGAAGUUCUCUACACACAUAAUGUUUUUUUAAGUAAAAAUUUUAACCUGAACAUGUCAUACCCUUUAUUUAACAAUUCGAACAAAAUGAAGUCAAGCCCUGCUGCUACGCAUAGUAAGAAGUCGGCAGAUAAGUUGGGGAGUCUUACUUCGCACCUGUUUUAUGAUAAACCCUCUUCUACCUCCGAUGGGAUAUAUACUUUUGGGAAUCCUGGAGGAGAUGAAAAAGCCAACCAUUUUGACAGUUCCAUACAUCUAACUCAACAGCAUUAUGAUAUUAAUGAUAUUCACGAGGUAAGUAAUGGCAGCCAUGGGGAGAUCGCUAAGCAUGAAGGGGGAGAAAUUAAUCUUCCCAAUCGCACAGAUGGGGAAGGGGAACACCCCCAUUCUCAAAUGAAAGAUUUGAGGGAAUCCUUCCCAUCGAGUGGUGUAAAAAAUGCGGACAACACUGUAGGGGGAAACACCCCUUCGCAAAAUGGGGAGGUAAACUUGAGUAGUGAAAACUCCAGCGAACGGAGUGGAGACCCGCUCACAAGCGAAAACGAACUGGUGCAGGAAAAUGUGAACAAUUUUAUAAAAAAUCACAACAUGCCGAAUAACGUGGAGCAGGCAAAAAUAAGUAACGUAAUCGUCAAUGAAGAGAAACCCAUAAACUCCAAAAAUCUCAUGGCAGAAAAUAGCGGCACCACGAGUGACACGCAGCAAGUGGAGAUAAACAACGCGCCCAAUGAAAAUGACAUACAUAGUCACGAGGAAAAGCUGAAACGUAAGAAGUAUACCUCCAAAGCGGAGGGCGGCGAAGGCGACAACAACACAGAGAGAAAAUUCGUCAGUAACAAAAUGAACAAAAAGAAACAGAACACGAUUUGA